CAACAGUGAACACCGGGAGUAAUUUAGCUUUUACAACAGCCUGGCUAAAACAAACCGCUAACGUUAGGGCAAUGGAUCUGUAACGAGUGGAGCUAGCGUCAUGACUUUUGACGUAGACUUACCAGAAUUAUCUCUGUCACAUCUUGACCAAUAUUUAAUAAGAUAUCUCUAAAAGGGAAAGUGGGAGAGAGACAUUAGCCUACAGUUAUCUCUGUCUCCCAUGAACGGGAGACCGAACCGCCCAAGAAGAGGCAGAGGAAGGGCUCAGCAUGGAUGGAGGCCACAACAGGAAGAGAGCGAGCCACAUGCUGGGCGACCAGAGUCGGAUUAUCAGGAGCCCCAGGGGUGGGGUCACCCACAGAGGAGGAGACCCCAGGGUGACGAUCGACCAGAGCCAUGGGAUAGACCACAGCAAGAGCACUGGAGAGGGCAGAGGGACAAGAACAGACCGCACCAGAGCUGGAGGCAGAGGCCCGAGCAGGACAGAGCGCAGCCCCAGAACUGGAGGCACCGGUCGGACAAGGAGGAGGAGAGAGCGCAGCCGGAUGGGACGCUGAAGCCCAAACCGGACAGACAGAACCAGGGACGGACACAACAGCCUGAGCAGGAGGAAGUCCAGAGGCCCGACGGCAACCCUCGGGGGACCUGCAUGGCCAUGUGUCCCAGGCGUGAGCUGCAGGACAGAGAGGCCCAGUGCCGGCUGCACCGCUUCGAGAUGCUGGCGGGCACGGAGAAAGAUCGACGGCCGAAGGCCGACCCCGCUCGCAUGGUGAAAGAGUACUCCCGUCCGGCCGCGGGCAAGGAUGCCACCCUACCCAGUGACCUCCGACCCCCGGCUGUGUUGCUCAAAACGGUCUGCUACCUCAUUGAUGAAAUCGCUGCCUCCCUGACCCUGCAGCCAUGGACUGAGGUGUACAGCUUUGUGUUUGACCGCCUGCGGAGUGUCCGGCAGGACCUGAUCAUCCAGCGGGCCAGCGGGCCCGAGUGUGUGGCCAUCCUGGAGCGCACGGUGCGCCUCCUCAUCUACGCCUCCCAGAGGCUGUGUGGAGAGCCGCUGCAGCUCUUCGACCCCAAGAUCAACGACACGCACCUGCAGGAGAGCCUGAGCUGGCUGCUGGAGAGCUACUGCCAGGAGGAGGACGACGCACACACUGCAGAGGACGAGCAUGAGGUCAGAGACUCACAAGGGCCUACGGGAACACCCAAACAGGGCGAUGGCUCCCACCAGAGCCAGUACAAAAACCAAGAGGAGUUUGAGGCUCUCAACCUGCUCUACAAUCUGGGCUGCGCACGUGUGAUGCAGCACGCGUUGGAGCUUCCCGCUCGAGUCCGCUCCUCCCCGGCGGUGAGCCUGGCGCUGGCCGUGAGUCGGGCCUUCUGCGAGCGCAACCCCGUGCGCCUGCUGCGCCUGGCCGGCCGACUGGACUUCCUCCAGGGCUGCGCCCUCCACCGCCACCUGCUGGCCAUCCGCCGCCAGCUGCUGCACCUCUACAGCCACGGGCACAGCAGCCGCAACUGCCGCUACCCGCUGGGCCACCUGGCCAGGCUGCUGGCGCUCGCGGAGCCCCAGAAGGCCGAGCGGCUGUGCCUGGCGUACGGGCUGGCGGUCAGCGGCGAGUGCGUGGGCUUCAACAAGGCCGACUUCCUGGAGACGCCCAAGGAGGAGCUGCGCUGUGCCAGCACGCACGAGAGGGAGCUGGAGACGGACAAGAAGGUGGCCCCCAUCAUUCAUGGCCACGUCUGAGUGUGAGCCAGCGCACGAUCGUGACUGGGCUUCAGUAGGUUUAGAGGAGCCCGCUCAGGAAUGUGCCUCUCAGGACCUUUGCCAAAGGUGAGAGUGAAAGACUGUGAUGUUGUUCUGUUCAAAGUGUUUUUAAGAUGUUUGACAUGUUUAUUUUUUUAACAAGUUCCAAUAAAGAAUGUGUUUGUUUACACAGUGCUUGUGUGUGGCUAU